GCGCCCAUCUUCGCCCCUUUUACUCGUCCGUAUCCUUCUCCUCAAGUAGCUCCGUAUCCCCACCGAACCCUAGAAAUACGCUCCAAUCCUCGAUCAGCCUUCUACGCUCUUCUUUCGAUUGUCGUUCUCUCCUCGAUUAAGCUUUUCAGAAGAUGGGGGAAAAGAGGCGUUGGGGAAAUUGGGAUCAGUCGAGGAAUGAUGAUGGAGGACGAUGGCCAUCGAAGUCACCGAAGCUUUGGGGAAAGCAGAAUCAUGCUGGAUUUAAUGGUUGGAGGGAAGAAGAACGCUCAAUGAAAAUGACAUCCAAUGCACGGGAAGAAAGUUGUUAUGCUGCUCCUUCAUGGGAGAGGACAUUUUGCUCUUAUGUGUGCCGAGUUCCUUGGAGAAAAAUAUGCGACGCCGAUAGAGUAUUGUGCAUCCACAAGAACAUCGCCAACUGGGACGAUUCUGCAGGACGAGAAGCAUUCCAAAAUGCGAAAGCACGCUAUUGGGCAAAAAUUAAUGGUCUCCCUUGUAAUAUUCCGCUGCCUGAUCCAUACAUGUACGUUGAAAAGGUUGAUUUUGAUACUUUUGUCGAUCCCAAGCUCACUGCAGAUUUAGAAAGAAGUUUCUUCAAUCCCGAUGUGAAUAAUGAAUCCGCCGCAAGUCAUUUGGAUUCUUCUGAACAUAAACCCGUGCCUCCAAGAAGUUGUGGUGCGGAGCAAUCUUCCUCAAAUUGGGACAAGUAUAUUGAAAAGCCAACUUUAGCUUCAGUAUGGGAUGAAAUGGCUGCCAAAAAUAGUUGGGGGGAUGGAAUUGCACAAAAUGAUCCAUGGCAAAGCAGAAGAAUUUAUUCAUUGGAUGCUAAUGGAAGGGAAGCUUCGUGUGGAGUUAGCUGGAAAGAUCAGGAUGAAUCAUGGAGGCAUCACCAGAGCUGGAAAAAUGGUGAGGAUAGAAGAAAUAGUGAUUGGAAGAACAUGAAUUCAAGCUGUACAGUACAUGAUGAUAGAAUGAACAGUAGUUGGAAGUUUUCUGGUAGCAGCGGCAGGAAUAACUAUUUGUUUGAGAAGAAGGUGCAGCCCCAGAGGACAUGGCAGCGCGGUCAGUUUUUAGGAUCAAGGAGUGAUCAAAGAACAGGAUAUUCUGGUGCUCAAUUUCAAUGGGAGAAUGCAGUUUCAUAGUGUUGUUCUUGAAGAUGGAGUUUUGAUUUAUACCUUGAUGAUUCAU